AUGCCUCGUACUCUCCCCUGGCUGACCAACUCAGCCAGCGAUAAGUCUCCCAAACCCACGCCCCGCGACACCAAACGCGACAAACCCGACGCAACACCACGCCCUCGCAAACGCGACUUCUUUCGAUCCUCACCAACUCCACCCUCCUCCCCCAUCCAGCGCUGCCCAUCCGAAGAAUCCCUGAUAGAAGGUCUCGACCACGAUGACAUCUACAUGAUGGUCGAAGACGAAUUCUACGCCGUCGCACAAUCCUUCACCCAGCACCUCCACUACGCCGAAUACGUUCGCCGCAAGAAAGAAGCCAAGCGCCAGAACGCUGACGCCAUCCGCCAACUCGCCCGGCCCACCGACGGCGUCACCCCCGUCAGCGCGGAGAUGAAGCGUCGCGACACAGCGGAGGCCCUCGCCGAGCGCCAGAAUCGGGGUCUGGAAGGGAUAGGCUCCAACCGGCCCAGAGUCGAUUCCGAGGAGGAGGCUGGUGUCGAUGAGGAGGACGAGGACGACGAUGAUGAUGAUGCGUUUGCGGGGACGUCGCUGCAUGGGUUGAUGACGAGUCCGCGGAAGGCGCGGUCGUUGGUGGGUAUGCAGGGGGUCAAGUCUACGACGAGGGCGGCGGCGGGGUUUCUUCGCGCCCCCGGGACUACGCGGGCGGUCGAGGGGCAUAAGACGGUGGCGGAGGGUGAGGAUGAAGAUGACGAUCUGGAUGGGGCAGUUGAAACGCCGAUAGUGGCACCAGGCAACGCGCGGCCAAAGACCAAACCCAGGAUUCCGCCGAGGCGCGUGUCGACGCCCACCCCCAACCCCAAGAUACAGUCUACCGAGAAGCGCACAGAACCGACCGAGGUCAAAAAACGGCGAUUGCUUUUUGAUGAUGAAUUCGACCAACUACCAGAGCUGGGUCAAUCGGACCACGCCGCCAGACACCCCGCGAGAUCGCCGUCGAGGUCUGGCUCGGCAUCCGCGACGUCUAUCGAAAGAACACAGAGAGAUGCUCGCAAUAACGAGGGCUCGAACAAAUCACGGCUCAACGAAGUUCCCACCUUCCUGCUGUAA